AUGUUGCGGAGCCCUUUCCUGCGGUUGGUCCUGCUAGCUGUGACCGUCAGCGGCUCUCCGGUGAAGCGUGUGGUGGUCGACACCGAGUCUCCACCGGUUCAUACGACCCUACAAGGCCACGCCGCCUGGUCCAUUGAGUUUGGUGGUGGGGUGAAGCAGGGGCCGCUGGAUGAUAAGCGCUUGGUGAACCUAUGCAAGGCCCUGGGGCCCUCCAUAAUGAGGGUGGGAGGCUCCAGCCAAGACGAGGUAACCUAUGACUUCAGCGCCUCUCCGGGAGAGGGUUCCUUUGGCCCGGCUGACAUCGACAAGGUCUUCAGGUUUGCAAAUGCCACGGGCUGGGAUAUCGUUUGGGGAUUGAACUACAUGAAGCGACCCAAACCCGAUGCUUCUAUGGCUGGCCCAGUCAAUAUAGCGCAGCUGGCACAAGUGUUACAGUACCACCUGCAGCAUGACCAGCCAUUUGGUUACGAGCUUGGGAAUGAGCCGGACCCCCACUGCCCUGAUCCCAGCAACCCCAAGUGCUCGGUGUCGGCGAAAGAGCACGUGCAAGAUGAUCUGCUUCUCUCCCAGCUCCUCAGGUACACCUACAGUUUGGCAGGCGUUUCAAGUGCUCACGUCCCGCUUGUCAUUGGGCCCGAUGCCGCCCACUGCUGCGAUUACUUGGAGAACUUCACAGCAGCUGCAGCUGCUGCCCGGUGGGAACCCAAUGUUCUGACUUGGCAUCACUACUACUUCAACAACCAGUCACCUGUUUCAAAGUUUGUGGAUCCACGAACUCUGGAUGCACUUCAGUCCUAUGCGAACAGAACGGUGGCGAUGCGAGAUGAGUACACCCCGGGCAGCAUGCUAUGGGUUGGAGAGAGUGCCAGUGCGUGGGGCGGAGGCGUGCAUGGCGUUUCAGACACGUUUGCAGCCAUCUUCACCGACCUCGAUCAGGUCGCCAUGUUGUCAAGGCUGGGAUACACGGGCGUGGUGCGGCAAGGGCUCUUUGGGGGCGGAGGCUAUUCGGUCAUCUCGGCGACGUCUGAGGGAUUUUCACCCAACCCAUCCUACUGGGCAUACUUGGCGUACAAGCGCUUCAUGGGGGUGAAGGUGCUGGAUGUUGGGGCGCUUGGUGGCUCCCUGAGGAGCUAUGCUCACUGCCACCCUACCAUCAAAGGGGCUGUAAGUGUCAUGGUGCUGAACGUGUCGCCCAAUCCAUGCAACCUCACAGUGUCGCUUACUUCUGUGAUGUCACCAAGAGAGCUUGGAAGCUCCUGGGUAGAGUAUCAUCUGACAAUGCCUCUGGCUGGUGGUCAGAACUUGACAACAAAGGACAUUGCCAUUAAUGGGAAGGUGAUGAAAGCAAACGCAGAUGGCACGGUGCCCCCACUUGUUCCGCAGCCAGGGAAGAGUUCUGGAGCAGUCAGUUUGGCGGCGUACUCGGCCGCCUUCCUCGUCUACAACAGCGCGCAGGCACGCGCCUGUGGCGGAACGCCGGCCCCGGAGUUUGUCCGGGGAUCAAGCGCUCAAGUGGACACAUUUUUGAUGCUGUAA